CUCUCUCUUCAUCCGUUUCUUCUCUUUAGCAAGCAAAGAAAAAAAAGAAUACCAUUUUCUUGUUGUUUAUUAGGAAAAAGUUUGCUUUCCUUUUUUUGGUCUACGGGGGCUUACUGCUUCAGCUCUCUCUCAUAAAGCCGUCCCUGAGAUCUACUUGUACGCCACUAUAAUAUCAUUUGAGAGAUUAUUGGAAGUUGAAAUCUGAGGAGAGAGAGAGCGAGAGAAGAGGGGGGACAGAGUGGAGCUUACAGAGACGAAGUGCAUCAGGAAUCGAUGUUAAAGGGUUGAAAAUUUCCUCCUUAUCAGUGCCAGAAUUUCUCUCAAGUUGGAUUGCAACUUUUUGUCAUGAUCUGGAGAUGAACAGAAGAUUUCAUUCGACAUCUUGCUGUGGGAGCAUUCAAGUUAUUCUAAAUAAAACCUUUCGCCUUGUGUCGGAUGAUCACAGCUAGAGAAAAGAGUUGCUUGAUGACAUCAUCCUACAAAUAUCAGAUGAGGCGAUCUCAUCAGGGUUAUUUUUGGCCUAGUUCAGCUGCAAACAUGCUAUUGCCUCCUGUAUAUGUGUGUAUAUCAAGUAUUUGAAGACAGUGAAGUAGUGCUUGGGGUGCACUCUGUAAAGUGCGUUCACCUGGUUAAGUCACAGAAGAUUGUUUUUUGAAUGAUUAGAUCGCAAGUGGAGCUUUUCCUUUGACGUGCUAGCGUAAUACUAUAGCCGUGAGUUGCAUUAGUGGCAGAGCUGUUCAAUAUAAUGGAAAGACAGUCGGGGAGUGCUAACCACCUACCAGCUGUUCUUCGGCGGUUACUUCCUGCUGUUGGACCUGGGCUUUUAAUUUCAGUAGCAUAUGUUGACCCUGGGAAGUGGGCAGCCACCGUGGAAGGGGGUUCUCGUUUUGGAGUUGAUCUAGUCCUGCCAAUGUUCAUUUUUAAUUUGGCAGGAAUAUUGUGCCAGUAUCUAUCAGCUAAAGUGGGUAUUAUUACUGGUAGAGAUCUUGCCCAGAUUUGCAGUGAGGAGUAUAACAAAUUCACAUGCAUGUUCCUAGGAGUUCAAACAGCAAUUUCAGUGGCGGCAUUGGACCUCAGCAUGAUACUUGGCAUUGCUCAUGGGCUUAAUCUUCUUCUUGGGGUGGACUUGCCAACUUGUAUCUUCUUAACUGCUGUUGAUGCUGUGUUGUUUCCAUUUUUUGCUGCCUUUCUGGAGAAAUACAAGGGAUAUUUCCCAUCCAUAUUUGUGGCAGGGUUUGUGUUGCUCUUCUAUUUUCUUGGGGUCCUCAUUAGUCAACCAGAGGUUUCUCUUUCAAUGAAUGGGAUGCCGAUGAAGUUAAGUGAGGAAAGUGCAUUCGCUCUGAUGAGUCUUCUUGGAGCAAGCAUUAUGCCUCACAACUUCUAUAUGCAUUCUUCCAUCGUUCUGCAUCAUCAGAAAUCUCCAAAUGUUUCCAAAAGUGCCUCAUGCUAUGACAAUUUUUUCGCAAUCUUAUGCAUCUUCAGUGGCAUUUUUCUGGUGAACUAUGUGCUUAUGAAUUCAGCUGCGAACGUGUUCCACAGUACUGGCCUUGUUUUGGUUACCUUUCCGGAUGCAAUGUCACUCAUGGAACAGGUGUUUCGCAAUCCAGUGGCACCUCUGUUCUUUGUAGUAAUUUUAUACCUUUCAAAUCAAAUCUCAGCAUUAACUUGGAACAUUGGUGGGCAAGUAGUUCUGAAUGAUUUCCUCAGCCUCGAUAUACCUAACUGGUUACAGCGAGCUACUACUAGAAUUCUUGCCAUUGUCCCGGCCCUUUAUUGUGUAUGGACUUCUGGAGUUGAAGGGGCAUACCAAUUGCUCAUAUUUUCUCAGGUUAUAGUAGCCCUGCUGCUACCAGCUUCUGUUAUACCACUAUUCCGAAUUGUUUCAUCAAGGGCAAUAAUGGGAGCACACAAAAUCUCUCAAUUUCUUGAGUUCUUGGCAGUUGUUGCAUUCAUGGGGAUGCUAGGAUUGAAGAUCAUAUUUGUGGUGGAAAUGAUUUUUGGGGAUAGUGACUGGAUUGGUAAUUUGAGAUGGAACAUGGGUAGCAGUUCUUCUCUUCCUUAUGUUGUACUUCUCGCAACUUCUUUUUCAUCAUUCUGUUUGAUGCUUUGGAUAGCAGCAACACCUUUGAAAUCUGCAACAACUCAGGUAGAGGCUGCUCAAGCAUUGAGCUGGGAUGCCAAGCAGACUGUGCAGGAGCCAUCGAUGCGUAUUAGAGAUGAAAAGUAUCUGGGUGGUAGUAGGUAUGGAGAAGGCCACGUUCAUAGACAGGAAGCUGCUGCACCAACCCCAGUGAAGUCCUUUUUGGGCUACUCAGACAGAAGUGUCUUAAAUCCUGAUCCCCAUCUGCCUGAAACUAUUAUGGAGUCUCAUGAGGAUUUUCAUUUGACACCUAUUGAAGAGAAUCAGCCUGAUACGAAUUUUCCUUGCCCUCUGAAACUGAACCAGGAAUCAGCACCUUCAACAGAAUUGACAUCGGUGUCCAAGGCAGCAGUUAAUGUAGUUGUUGCUGCUGAUCUUGAUUAUUUACCUGAGUCAAAGAUGAAGGUUGUUGAAUCACUUGAACCAGUUGAGAAGACUGUGAGUGUGGAAGGUGAUUUCCUCGCAGAAAAAGAGGAUGACGAGGGAGAUACCUGGGGGGAACCUGAAGAUUCAUCAUCCAAAGGUGUUCCUGGGAGCAUCUCAUCUUUGACCUCUGAUGGUCCAGCUUCUUUCAGAAGUCUCAGUGGAAAAUCUGAUGACGGUGGGAAUGGUGCUGGAAGUCUUUCGAGACUGGCAGGGUUGGGCAGAGCUGCUAGGCGUCAAUUAGCUACGGUUCUUGAUGAAUUCUGGGGGCAGUUGUAUGAUUUCCAUGGUCAAGCAACACAGGAUGCCAAGAAUAGAAGGAUUGAUCUGCUACUUGCUGCUGAUUCUUCAAAGAUUUCAUCAUUUUCCUUCCUGAAAGUCGACCCUCCCCUUGGAAAAGAAUACAGUAGUGGGUAUAAUCCAUCAGCAUUGGCCAGUGGUAGAGGAUCACCGGAUUCUUUCAUGAAUUCAAGUUUCUGUGAUUCUCCCAGGCAGCAGCAGCAGCUUAUGAUGCAGCAGAACACUCUUGAAUGUUCUUCAUAUGCUGGUGGGGCUCAAAGAGUAUCUUCCUCCUCAUUAUGGCCCAACCGCAGUCAGCUGCUGGAUUCAUAUGUACCAGCACCACCUAACUCAGGUGUGGUGGACCCUUCUGAAAGACGAUAUUCUAGUAUGCGGUCGCUACCACCGUCUUCUGAUGGCUGGGACAACCAGCCAGCUACCAUACAUGGUUAUCAGAUUGCUUCCAUUGCGAACCGGAUUGCCAAGGAGAGGAGUGCUAAUGGCUUGAAUGGUAGAAUGGAAUCUCUGUCUCCAAUUUCUUCAUCCAUGAGCAGCAUGCGGAACUACAGGGAUCCACAUGCAGCAAUUGCCUUGGGUCAGAGAUUACAGAAUGGAUUAAGCUCUCCACAACAGGCAACAACAGGAUAUCAGAACCUUGCCUCAUCCAGAAACAACUCGUUACAGUCUGAAAGGCAAUACUAUGAUGUUGUUGGCUCUCCUGUUUCUGUUGUUGACAAUGCAGGAGGACCAACGGGUACUAGUACAAAGAAGUACCACAGUUUGCCCGACAUUUCAGGAAUUGCCGCCCCUUACAGGGAGCUAUAUCUAUCCGGGAAGAGUAAUGCUCAGUGGGACAAGAAUUCUGCUGGUGGUUUUGGCUCCUCCUUAGGGGGGAGAACGAGUUAUGACCCUUCUUUUUAUGGAGAUGCUUUCUCCUUUCCCACCACCACUCCACCAAGUACAGGAGGAUCUCUUUGGUCAAAACAGCCGUUUGAGCAGUUUGGUGUGGGGGAUAAAAGCCGUGCAGUAGGUGUGGGUAGUGCCUUAGGAGGAGGAAGCAACAGGCCUAACUCAACUACCCAUCGUGAAGCUAGUAGCUCCAUAGUGGAUGCUGAAGCUCAACUUCUUCGGUCCUUCAGAUGCUGCAUUGUAAAGCUGCUGAAAUUAGAAGGCUCUGAUUGGUUGUUUAGGCAAAACGAUGGUGCUGACGAGGACUUGAUUGACCGUGUGGCAGCACGGGAGAGGUGUUUGUACGAAGCUGAAGCAAGAGAGAUGGGGCAGCAUGGGGUGGUCCACCACCUGGGCAUUGAGUCUCAAAGCAGUAGUGAUAAGAAGCAGCAAGGUGGUGGUUCUGGGCAGAAGAAUGACGAGGCCAAUAGCAUCGCCAACAUCUUGGUUUCCUCAGUUCCUCACUGUGGAGAAGGCUGUGUGUGGAAGGUUGAUUUGAUCGUGAGCUUUGGGGUUUGGUGCAUUCACCGGGUUCUUGAUCUAUCGCUCAUGGAAAGCCGGCCUGAGCUUUGGGGGAAAUACACUUAUGUGCUCAAUCGCCUUCAGGGGGUUGUGGAGCCAGCAUUCAUGAGACCGCGAACUCCCAUGCAGCCAUGCUUCUGCCUGCAACUCUCAGCAGCGCACCAGCAGAGACUGUCGUCGCCUCAACCAAAUGGGAUGCUGCCUCCUACGGCGAAACCAGGUAGAGGUGGGAAAUGCACGACAGCAGCCAUGGUGUUGGACUUGAUCAAGGAUGUGGAGAUCGCCAUUUCAUGCAGGAAGGGUCGAUCAGGGACAGCUGCAGGGGAUGUGGCUUUCCCCAAGGGUAAAGAGAACCUGGCAUCCGUCCUGAAACGGUACAAGCGGCGGCAAAACCAAAUUGGGAUGAGCUUCUAACGGAGAGCGUCGUGGAAAGGACGCACGUGUAGUGGCGUGGCGUCGAUGUGGGAGGUGGCGACAGAAGUGAAGUGACCAAGUGAGAUGAACGAACGAAAUGGUGCCGCGCGCGUCUACUCUAUCUUCCUGCCACAACAAUCCCCAUCCUUACAUUAAAAAGUAAGCAUCUUCAUAAACAAAUUAUUAAUUAUUACUAAGAUAGCUAUCCUUUUUCCUUGCCGUACCUGCAAAUUCCUAGACCAGAUCCGCACAUCGUGGCUGUGCCGGUGGUUGUGCUGGUGCUAGCAGCUGGUGGUUACCCCCGCCGUUUUGCCGUCCAACCGCCGCUUCUCUCGUCGGUCGCCGUCGAUUCUUCCAAAUUUUCUGAAUGACCUUUGGAUUAGGUGAGUCGGCGUAUAACUUCUCUCUAUGAUCCAUCCUUUUAACUAUAGUUGGGGCUUUCAAUUCAAUCAAUUAUUAGCGUAGUCUGUCUAACCAUAAGUUUACUGAUGAUCUACAAACGCAUCUCUUUUCUCCUUCAACAAAUCCAUCCAUCUCUCUCUCUCUCUCUCUGGUCUCGGUUUCUGAGAUUUUCAUUAAAUGGGCUCGACGGCGGCCCAUUAUUCUGAUGAGGGAUGGGCCGUGUUGGUAUAACUGCAGGUUUUUGUAUGCUAAGCAAAGGGCCCAGUUGAAAGUUUGAUUAGGAGAAAAAAUGGGCUACGUGUUGGUGAUAUCGGCGCCAAUGGUACUGUUGAUAUUAAUAGUGGGGGUGGCGUGUUACCUUUUCGGAAGGUCAAGAGGCCGAUCCCAAGCUCAAACCUACGGAGUUCCAGCUCCGCCUCCCUUGCCCAAACCUUGAAUCAAAGCUCCUCCUACUCGACACCAAGUUUGUCAAGAAAUUUACUUCACUGCCACGGAGGAAAGUGUUACAAGUUGAGAUCUCAGGGAAUUUUUUCUUUUAUCUUGUUCUUUCUUGCGUAAAUAUGUGCAACGUGUGCUUAAUUGUUGGAAUUGUAAGUAGAUUAUUAUGACGUGUGCAUGAUACGAACACAUUAUCACAGCCAAUAACUUUUCCUCGUAUCUUGUGUGGACUGUGCACAACAAUUGUUUGGUAAUGAAACAAAGAAUAUUGAACAAGUUUUGUGUUAUUUCUAGGGUGAAAUCAAUUGGAAAAGGUUAGGUUCUCGGCUAAUCUUAAUAUGCUUUAUACCGACUUAAUACAGAGAAGAGAGAGAAAGAGCGAUAAAGUAGAACUAAUCUAGGACUAACUUAUCAUAAUUACAAAGUAAUACCUAUACUAACCUAACUAGCUUGUACCUCGUUCAUUGGUCGGAUGAAUUUUCGUUUACUUUAUGUUGAUCAAUUUCUUAUUUUUUUAAAUAAUUUGGG